GCCUCAGAGGUCGCUGGGUUUUCUUGCGCAGGCGCCCGCGAGGGCGAGGGCGCCGGCGUGGUCCCCAUGGAGUUACCUUAGCUGAGCCGGCACCUCCAGGAGCUUCGGGAAUGAGCGCCGAGGAGGCCGACCGCUGGGCGUGGCUGCUGGUGCUCAGCUUCGUGUUUGGGUGCAAUGUCCUCCGGAUUCUCCUCCCGUCUUUCUCCUCCUUCAUGUCCAGGGUGCUGCAGAAGGACGCGGAGCAGGAGUCGCAGAUGAGAGCGGAGAUCCAGGGUAUGAAGCACGAGCUCUCCACCGUCAACAUGAUGGACGAAUUCGCCAGAUACGCCCGGCUGGAGAGGAAGAUCAACAAGAUGACGGAUAAGCUUAAAACUCACGUGAAAGCUCGAACAGCCCAAUUGGCCAAGAUAAAAUGGGUUAUAAGUGUUGCCUUCUACGUAUUGCAAGCUGCCCUGAUGGUGUCACUCAUCUGGAAGUACUACUCUGUCCCUGUGGCUGUGGUACCAAGUAAAUGGAUAACUCCACUAGACCGCCUGGUGGCGUUUCCUACCAGAGUAGCAGGCGGUGUUGGCAUCACCUGUUGGAUUUUAGUCUGUAACAAAGUCGUGGCUAUUGUGCUGCACCCUUUCAGCUGAGAGACCAGACAAGUCCGGCUGUGACCCUGUGAACGGAGGAUUUUUGCUUAUACGUUAAACACCUGACACUUUUUCUUUUUUAAAGGAAACAAAAGCACACGGGUUAGGUUUUUUUGGUUGAAUGUGUCUGUUCUUAGAUUUUGUGAGAUACAGAAGCAUGAUCUUGUCCCUGUGUCACUGAGCCAGAAGGCCAGUGUCUCAGGCGAGUGCCCCGGCUGGCAGAGCCGCACGCCUGUUGGGAGAAGGUGUGUGGCGUGGGCGUCCAUGGCUUGCGGCAGGGUGUUUGCCCUCUGGGCGUAUUUUAAAGGUCACGGUGCCAACCGGGAAGUCGGUUUUCCAACCUACGUACUUUAAAGACUUUGUGGUAUUUUUGACCCAGAUUAGAAAGCAAUUUAAUUUUAAUGCCACCACUAGAAUUUGGACCCCCCCCCCUCCGUAGGACUGCUAAAAGGGUAACACUAACUGACAUUGCUUGUGUGUUUCCGCUUCCUCUGUGUAAAAUGUCGUGUGUUGGGGGAGCCUUUGUGUGGCAUUAUCUCCUUAUUUGAAGCUGUUAAUUUUUCAUUCCUGUGUUUUGUAAAUGUAUUCAUGAGAUCAUAAUGAAUUGUUUUAUGUUUGAAUUGUGUUUCAUAUUUAAAGCAUUCAAAUGAAGUGUGUUUUAUAAGCACUUAAUAUUUAUGCUCUGUGGAAUGGAACAAACUUAAAAAACCAGGAAUUCUGAUUAGAUUAACUUGAGUGGAUACAUUUUUAAAAACACUUCUUUUUUACUGUUGCUCUUUUUUUUUUAUUAUAAUUAACGUAUAACGUAUUCGUUUCAUGAGUACAACAUAGUGAUUUGGUAUUUGUACACACUGUGAAAUGAUCAGCACGAGGAGUCUAGUUUCUCCAUGUGAAACACUUUUUUAUAAUUAAAAGUUUUGCAAGGGCU